UAUGGGCUGCGGUGUAAGUUCAGAUCAUUCGAACAUAAUCAACACAUCAUCCACUUCUCCAAUGAUAAACGACACAAACAAUAUUAAUAAUAUCAACGAAAUUCAUCAUUUAAAUUAUCGUCAGCAUCAUAAUUAUCAACAACAAACGGAACAACAAUCAUCAGCAACAAUCAGAUCAAAUCAUAUUUCCAGUGAUAGUGGUGGUGGUAUUGAUAGAAGACGAAACAACGGCCGAAAAAGUAUCGAUACAUUGAUCGGUAAUACUGGCAGUAACAUUAGUGAUGGCAAUGGAGCUGAUCGAUUCGUAUUGAAUUCAUCGGAUGAUUCACCAACCAAUGGCUCCGGUGAUUGUAUCACUAAUGGAAUACCGAUUGUCGAUAAACGUAAUGUAUUACAAUUGUUCAAUAAUCUGGAAAGUGCCAUACAAACAAUGGAAGAGACAAAAUGUUUUGAAAAAUAUCGAAUCACAUCCGAUGAUGUUGAACAAGUGAAAGAACAGAUACAGAAUUUGAAUGAAAAAUUAGAUGAAAUAAAUAAUAAUCUUUUAAGCACAAACGAAACAAAUAAUAGAUUAACAGAUGAACGUACCUUUGGUGAUAUGAUUGUCGAUAAUUUAAGUCGUCAUGAUUUAUCACCCAAUGAAACUUUUUUAAUAGAAUCAUUCAAUAAACAGAAAAUUUAUGAGCUAAAAAUUGAAUUAUUGGAAAAAGAUCUGGAUGAUUAUGAAUCCGAAUUAAAAGAAUUACAAAUACUUUGCGAUCAACUACACGAAUUAUAUCAACAACGUGACAAUGUUUUAAAUCAAGUAUUUGAAGGUAAUUAUGGUAGUGAAAAAGAAAUACAAUUGGAAAAGGAAUUGGAUACAUUGAUGGAAGAACGUCAUUAUAUUGAAAUCGCGAAAAUUCGUUGGAUAAAUUCGGAUAAUUUGAUUAUUGAUGCACUCAAGUGUUUGGAUAUUGGCGUAGAAAAGAUUCGACAAUUUCAGCAAGUGCCCGAAAAUGAUUAUGUUUUCUAUUAUACAUGUAUGAAGGAAGCACGAAACAGUCUCGUAAUGGCUCAUUAUAAUCUAAUCUCAUUGCACUAUAAUCUUAAAAAUGUUCAAUUGCCCCAUUGUAAAACUGAAGAUCUUGAACAUUUUGAAAGAGAACUUAUAAAAUUAUUUAAUGAUCUAACAUCGGAUCGUUUAGAAUCGUUAAUCACUUCAUUAGAAUUAUUGAGAACAAAAAUGGUAACGCAACAUAAAUGGGUGAAAGAGGUAUUGAACAAAACGAUAAAAAAUGAUUUGCUGAACAUAAGGGAUAAAUGUCGAGCUAAAGCACAUGAACUCCGUUUCGAACGUGCCAUGCUUAUCAAACAAAAACAAGAACAAUGGAGCCAUGAGGAUGAAAAUGGUGGUUUGAUAGUAGCCGAUAAAAUGAUUAAAAAUGAUUCACCAUUCGAUCUAAGAGUAGACAGCGGAGUGGAUAGCGAGCUUGAUGAAUCAGUUAUCGUUGAUGAUCAAUACAAUAGAAUUUUAACAUCGGCCAAAGAUUCAAUUUUGUCCACAGAUUUCAGCAACUCAACGCCAUUAUUACCGGGAGAAAAAUUGGGUCCUAUGCCAAGCAACAAAGAAAUUUUCGGCAAGAUUACACAAAUUCAUCAGAAACACCUUCGGGAGAUGCAAGAAUUCGAACAGAAUCAAUUGAUGAAUAAAGCACGAAUGAGUCAAGGUUUGAAGGAAAAGCUAAAUGUGCGACGUACUCGCCGAAACCGUAUCGAAAUGCACAAACGCCAACUGGAAGCCUUGCAAGACUAUGAUUAUCUAUUUAAAUUAUUACUUAUUGGUGAUUCGGGCGUUGGCAAAACAUGCAUACUAUUUCGUUUUAGUGAAGAUGCAUUCAAUACUACAUUCAUUUCGACAAUCGGUAUUGAUUUCAAAAUUCGUACCAUCGAACUGGAUGGUAAAAAAAUAAAACUACAGAUAUGGGAUACGGCUGGUCAGGAACGUUUCCGUACAAUCACAACGGCCUAUUAUCGUGGUGCUAUGGGAAUCAUGUUGGUCUAUGAUGUGACGAAUGAAAAAUCAUUCGAUAAUAUUAAGAAUUGGAUAAGAAAUAUAGAGGAACAUGCUUCAAGUGAUGUGGAAAAAAUGAUUUUAGGCAAUAAAUGCGAUAUACACGAUCGGCGACAAGUUUCACGCGAACGUGGUGAACAAUUAGCGAUAGAAUAUAAUAUCAAAUUUAUGGAGACAUCGGCCAAAUCUAGUUUUAAUGUUGAGGAAGCAUUCUUCACAUUGGCUAAAGAUAUUAAAGCCAAAAUGGAACGAAAAUUGGAAUCGAACAAUCAAAGUCGUGGAAGUCAUCAUUUACGGGCUAAUGAACCUGCAAAAAAACAAUCAAAAAUAUGGUUUUGUAGUCUUCUUUGAUUUGGCUACCAUUAUUGAUGACGACUAUCCAUCUUCAACUCAUUCGAUGCUAGCAGAACAAAGAUAUCUAUCGAUCAAUUUUCCAACAAGAAAUGGACCUGAUGCGUUAU